ACAAGCCUAAUAUCUUGAUGGGCCUAUUUGUGGGCUUUAUCUAAGACCUUUUUUACGCAUCGUGGUUUAAGGCCCAGGCAUUCUUCGUACGGUCAGAGUGCCCGACUGCCCGUACGUAAGAAAACCGGCGGCGGUGGCGACCCGAUCAAACAGCGAGCAAUUUGAAGUCGUCUCCUUACCGAUUCGGCGAUUCCUCACCGAGCUGAAAGAUAAUUUGAAGAAGAUGGAGAACGGAGGAGGACAAAAGGAAGUUCCCGAUAACGCCCCUGAACAUUGUCCUGGGACUCAAUCGGAAGAUGCCGGGAAAUCCGAUGCUUGCCAAGGCUGCCCCAACCAGCAAAUCUGUGCAACUGCUCCUAAAGGCCCCGACCCAGAUUUGGUUGCAAUAGCAGAAAGAAUGGCGACGGUGAAGCACAAGAUACUGGUUUUAUCUGGCAAGGGUGGGGUUGGUAAGAGCACAUUCUCUUCUCAGCUUGCAUUUGCAUUGGCCUCAAUGGACUUCCAGGUCGGUCUCCUUGACAUCGACAUCUGCGGUCCGAGCAUCCCAAAGAUGCUCGGCCUAGAAGGUCAAGAGAUUCACCAGAGCAACCUAGGAUGGUCCCCGGUUUACGUGGAGCCCAACCUCGGCGUCAUGUCAAUCGGGUUCAUGCUCCCUAACCCAGACGAUGCCGUCAUAUGGAAAGGGCCCCGCAAGAACGCUCUGAUCAAGCAGUUCCUCAAGGAUGUUCACUGGGGCGAGCUUGAUUUUCUGGUGGUUGACGCUCCGCCCGGGACCUCGGACGAACACAUCUCGGUCGUUCAAUUCCUCCAAUCGACCAGGAUCGACGGGGCCCUCGUCGUCACCACCCCACAACAGGUCUCCCUCAUUGAUGUGAGGAAAGAGGUGAGCUUCUGCAAGAAGGUCGCGCUCCGUGUCCUUGGCGUCGUCGAGAACAUGAGCGGUCUUUGCCAGAAGCUCUCGGAGUUCAAAUUCAUGAGGACCACCGAGAGCGGCGAGCUGGUGGAGGUUACGGAUUCGGUCGCGAGAUUAAUGAAAGAGAAGGUUCCGGAAGUGAUGGACGUGUUGGGGUACAGCGAAGUGUUCGACACCAGCAGGGGUGGGGCCGCCGGGAUGUGCCGCGAAAUGGGCGUUUCGUUUCUUGGGGCUGUCCCGUUGGAUCCUCAGCUGGGUAAAGCUGCAGAGGAAGGGAGGUCUUGCUUCGCGGAUGACACGUGCCCGGCAAGCGCCCCGGCGAUUAAGAAGAUUGUGGAGAAAUUGGUGCAAAGAUUGAGACCAGAAAGAACAGAUGAUGAGUGUGGAGUUUGAGUUUUGUUUGCUGGUGUGGAAUUGCGUUUUCUUUCUUCUUCUUAUUUGCUACAGGGAAGGAUUAUUGUGCUUUUAUCUAUAUACACAUUGUUGUAUUAAGUUAAAAAGGUUGAGCUAUGGAUUGUGUUACAUGCAGACGAUGCAGUGUGUACUUGGUACAUUUGUCGUGUGAAGUUUUAAGACAUUACAUUGGUUCUUUUG